GCUACAAAUUAAUGUUCUUAGCCCAAAAGGAAAAAGUUAUGGUUAUUUUCUUUCUGCAUUUUAGUUCUUGGAAGCAUUCAAGAUAUUGAAAGAGAAAAAUUAUUAUACUAUUAUUUAUUAUUCUAACUUGGCAAUACCUUUACUUUAAAGGGUGCUCUGCCCCUUCCUUCACCAAGCUCUCCUUCCCAUAAGCAUCUUCACACACAAACACACACUCACUCAUAUACACAGAGAGAGAGAGAGAGAGAGAGAGAGAGAGUGAGCAGGGUUACAUGAGAUGGCCAGAAGCCAAGCCUCAGGUGAAAAUACAGAUGAAGACUACAUAGACAUGGAAGUAAGCUCCUCCUCUAACUUCUUCUGUUAUUCCAUUGGCUCUCCACCACAAACCAGAGAGUUUGAGUUUCAAAUGUCCUCAGUUUCUCAAGAUAAAGAAACUACAACAUCCCCAGCUGAUGAGCUCUUCUACAAAGGUAAGCUCCUUCCUCUUCAUCUCCCACCUCGCUUACAGAUGGUCCAAAAGAUCCUUCAGAGCUCAAACACCUCACUUGGGAACAAAACCCAAGAAGCCAUUGAAGACAGCUUCAGCAUUCCCUUCAUCAAUAGCUCUACAAUCACAGCUUCCACCAAUACAAGCACCCCAUUGGAUAGGUCCUGCAAUAUCUCACCGUCAGAGUCUUGCAGGGUCAGCAGUGAGCUAACCUCAGAUGAGUACAUCUCUGAAUGGACAGCUGAAAUGUGUAUUAAUUUCAUUGGUGGUCAUGAUCAUCCAAAGAAAUCUUGGUCCACAAAGCUCAAGCAGAUCAAGCAGUCUUCUUUGGGUCAAAAGCUCAAGGCUUCAAGGGCAUAUGUUAAAUCUUUGUUCAGUAAGCCCACUUGUGCAGAUGACUACUCUUGUGCAAAGCCAGCAAGAAAUGCAGAAGCAGAAAAUGGUUCCAAAGUCAAGGACUUUUGCUCAAAUAAGUACAUGAAGGUGGCCAAGAAAAACCCUUUUGGGAAAAUUGACAAUGGCAGAUAUCAAAUAUCAUCAACUACUCUCAUGAAAAGCAUUGAGAAAGAAAUGGCCGAGGAAAAUGCCAAUACCCACAGAAAGUCAUUCUCUGGGGCCAUUCAAUAUCCAUCUGCACCAAAAUCCUUGUGUUCAUCCACAACUUCCUCUGUUUCUUCAUCUUCAUCUUCUUCUUUCUCAUUCAGCUCAAGUGGGUUCUCUGAUAUGCAGUUGCUGAAGAGAAGUACCAGUGCAAAUUCAGAGCUUGAGAGCUCAAUAGAGGGAGCAAUUGCUCAUUGCAAACAGUCCCAGCAGCUGUUUAGCUCAAGAAAGAGUGCAAAUGAAGGUCAUGGGUUCUGUUCACUGUCUGCUUCAAGGAUGCAGUUUGUGGGGGUCAAGAGAUCUCACCAGGCCACAUCGAAUGAAUGAUAUGAGAGACACACACAUGAAUAUGAUUACAUUAUAUGAUUGAGAAUUUCAAAUGUUUCCCACUACCAAGUUUUCCUGUUAAUCUCUUUUGAAUUUGGGCUUCAUUUUAAUUUAAUAUGCAGUGUGAUUGAUGUACAGGCAUUUGCACGUUUUUCCAGCACUGUUUGAUCAGAGUCAUCAGACUUUCUUGGCCUGCAUUCAUUUAGAGGAUUUUACUGUUCAAAUAAAAAAAAGUUUAAAACCACUUUCACUGGUUCAA